GUCCCUCACCUGCACGAUCAACACCGCAGCAUGGAGCUUGCGAGCCCUCUCGCAUCUCUCCUAUUGCCUUGUUCUAACGAGUGGUUCUAGACGCCUUUGAUUUUCAUGGAGAUUGGGACACCAUGUGGUCGUCAAUUGCCAGAAGCCGGGGCAGGCUUUGGCCGGGAUGGCUUGGUGGCAGCCGCACCUUCACUCGCAGCGCGCGCAAUAUGCGUCAGGAAUUGGACUUCACACUGCUUGACAGUAAAUGGCGACAGAAGUGGGAACUGAGGCAGCCGGGUGUUCAAGGGAAAAAUAGUGGUUCGAAGGAAAAGAUGUAUAUCCUGCCCAUGUUCCCUUACCCGUCUGGGGACCUUCAUCUAGGCCACCUACGAGUUUACACGAUAUCUGAUGUAUUGUCACGGUUCCGACGAAUGCAAGGUCACAAGGUCCUGCACCCAAUUGGCUGGGAUGCUUUCGGUUUGCCAGCUGAAAACGCGGCAAUCGAGAGAGGGAUCGAUCCUGCAACAUGGACCAAGACGAAUAUUCGGCGCAUGAAAUCGCAGUUGCAGGCUAUGAAUGGACAAUGGGACUGGGAUAGAGAAUUUGCGACUUGCGAUCCGAGCUUCUACAAACACACGCAACGGCUAUUCCUCCUCCUCCACCAAAGCGGGCUGGCAUAUCAAGCGGAGUCACUGGUUAAUUAUGAUCCUGUGGAUAAGACAGUCUUGGCAAAUGAGCAGGUGGACGCGAAUGGCUGUUCUUGGAGAUCCGGGGCGAAGGUGGAAAAGAGGAGGCUGAAGCAGUGGUUCUUGAAAAUAUCUGAAUUCAGGGAUGAUUUGCUGAAGGAUCUUGACUUUCUAGCUAAAGGUGGAGCGUGGCCCGAACGAGUACUUGCAAUGCAGAAAAAUUGGCUUGGGAAAUCGAUAGGAGCUCGAAUCAAAUUCCCGGUGGUUGCCUACGAUCAAUCGACCCAUUCGGAUAUAGAAGUAUUCACAACUCGACCGGACACGCUCUUUGGGGUCCAGUACGUUGCACUGGCAUCUACGCACCCAAUUGUUCAAGCGCUCGCCAAGACAGAUCCGGAGCUCCAAGCCUUUCUUGAUACAAUUCCAACCCUUCCCGCAGACUCGAAGGUGGGCUACCUUCUUCCCCACGUGCGAGCUAUGAACCCCCUUGCGUAUGAUGAGUCGACUCCUGCUGCUGCGAAAGAUGAACUGCCAAUUUACGUUGCUCCGUAUGUUUUGGGGGAUUAUGGAGAUGGUGCUGUUAUGGGAGUACCAGGUCAUGACACUCGUGAUCAUGCUUUCUGGAAAAACAACCGCUUCGAUGAGCCAAUCCGGAUGGUCAUCGCUCCCUCCGCAGAUGGAUCUAUUAUUCCCAUCUCUGACGGACCGUUCAUCCAUCAUGGACAUCUUACAUCGCACUGCGGUACUUACGCUGGUCUGACCACGGCUCAAGCAACCAAGAAAAUCAUCGAAGUCCUGGAAUCGAAAAAAAUGGGAUCAACUGCAGAAACUUGGCGACUUAGAGAUUGGCUCGUAAGCCGGCAACGUUAUUGGGGAACACCAAUUCCAAUCAUACACUGCAACUCAUGUGGACCUGUUCCUGUACCAGAAGAUCAGCUUCCUGUUGAGCUACCUACCGUAGAAGGGCAUUGGAUGAAAGGAAAGGCAGGGAACCCUCUUGACGAUGCUCAUGAUUGGGUUAAUACAUCUUGCCCUAAAUGCCAUGGUCCAGCAAAGAGAGAUACAGAUACUAUGGAUACGUUUGUGGACUCGAGUUGGUACUACAUGCGAUACAUAGAUGUCAAGAACGAAAAUAUGCUCUUCAAUCCCAAGAAGGCCGACGAUUCCUUACCUGUCGAUAUCUACAUUGGAGGCGUUGAGCACGCAAUUUUGCAUCUACUUUACGCUCGAUUCAUUUCGAAAUUCAUCGCAAGAACUGGUCUGUGGAACUCAAAGAACUUUGGUGAGCCUUUCAAGAAGGUUUUAACUCAAGGUAUGGUCCACGGCAAAACAUACUCAGAUCCUUCGAACGGACGUUUCCUCAAGCCCGACGAAGUAGACUUGAGCGUAAGCUCGAAACCCAUUGUUGUUGCAACUGGUGAACAGGCCAAUGUGAGCUUCGAGAAGAUGUCCAAAUCCAAGUACAAUGGCGUUGAUCCUAGCGAAUGUAUGUCGAAGUACGGCGCUGAUGUUACGAGGGCACAUAUUCUUUUCCAGGCUCCAGUCAACGAGGUGCUUGAAUGGCACGAAGAGAAGAUAUCUGGAAUCACUCGAUGGCUUCGACGAGUCCACGAACAUAUUGCUUCUCUGCAAGAUGUGUGGAUAGGCCUGAAUGAAAUCACUCCGAAGGCCUAUUUUAUAGAAUUUGGACAAGCUGCGGAAGGGGGGCAGGAAAUGUUGAAGAUUCAACUCCUUGAGAGGGACAAGGCUCUAUGGCGCCUCGUCCAAACAACGAUUCAAAACGUGACUCGGUCAUACAGCGAAACAUACUCCCUCAAUACUGUGGUGUCCGAUCUAAUGACUCUGACCAAUGCCAUAAUCGAGCAUGGAGAUCUGACCAGGAAUCACAAGGUCAACAAAUGGGCAACGAAAGCGCUCAUCCAAAUGAUGGCGCCUAUUACCCCUGCCUUCUCCGAAGAAUGCUGGGAGCUUCUCCAGCACUCCGACCGCAAAGGCCAGGCGUCAUCCCCAUCCAAAGAAGGUCUCAUCUUUGAUUCGGAAUUCCCAGAAAUGGAUGGGACAAUAGAAUGGUUUCCCCCGACAACGCAGCCGUGCGCCGUGCAGGUCAACGGGAAACUGAAAGCUGUUGUGGAACUGCCUAUCCCCGAGAAGGGCUUAGGGGGUGAAGAGCUCAAUAAGUGGCUAACUGGGGAGCUGCUGGCCACCGAUGAAGGGAAGAAGCUGGAGCAGAAGCUUCACAUCACGGAGGCUAAGAAGAUCAUCGUUGUACAUGGGGGAAAGACGAUUAAUUUUGUAGUCAAAAAAUAGACCACUCUAUAUGUAAAUUAAAUCAAUUGUACAAUAAAAUAUCAUGACUUGG